AUGUUGAAAUCAGCAACGUACCCAGAAUUUUUAGCGUAUCUUCAAUAUGAUAGAAUAGUCUCCUUGCUUCGAGUUAAAAAAAAAAGUUUAGAGCGAGAGAAAACAAUUUGGAGUUCAAGAAUGGCUAAACAUCAUCCAGAUUUAAUUUUUUGUCGGAAACAAGCUGGUGUAGCUAUUGGACGUUUAUGUGAAAAAUGCGAUGGACGAUGUGUGAUUUGUGAUUCUUAUGUACGACCAUCAACAUUAGUUCGAAUAUGUGAUGAAUGUAAUUAUGGUUCAUAUCAGGGAAGAUGUGUUAUUUGUGGUGGACCAGGUUGUUCAGAUGCUUACUAUUGUCGAGAAUGUACAAUAAUGGAAAAAGAUAGAGAUGGAUGUCCAAAGAUUAUAAUGGCUCAAAAACGUAAACGUGUCACGUUUGAGGACAGUGAAGACCAUGGAAAUGCAAGAAAAGUCGCUGCAAAUGAUGAUAAUAAAAAGACAAGUGAUUCAGCAACUGGAAAACGUUUAUAUGAUGGAAAAUACACACUUGAUAGUGACGAAGAAGAUGAUGAACAACCAAAUGGAAAACAAAUGAAUCAGGAUGAUUUAGACGAAAUCGGUCAAGAAGGUGCCACAAUUGAUUUUGAUGAAGAAAUUAAAAUAACGCCUUUUAAUAUUGACGAAGAAAUGGAUGAAGGUCAUUACGAUGCUGAUGGAUGCUUCCAAUGGAAAAAACGUGAUAAAGAGGAGGUACGUGACGCUUGGUUAGACAAUAUAGAUUGGAGCAAUGUUAACGAAUAUAAAUUUGAUGGUAAAAAUUCUACGAAAACACAACAAUCGUCAAGUGAACAACAAAAGGAUGAAGAUGUAAAAUUGAGAAAUGAUGGAGACGAGGUUAAUAAUGAUGACGAUAUAAAAUUUAAUGAAGUUAAAGUAAUUCAAUCAAUGUUGAAUAUCAUGCAACCAGGUGAAUCUGUGGUACAAGCAAUCAAACGAUUAGGCGCAGCAAGCAGUAAUAAAUCCAAACAACGUUUUCGUCAAAAGAAAACUAGUGAUCUUCCAAAAGCUCUGCAAACACCAGCACAACAAGAACCACAACCAGAUGAAUUAAGAAAGAACAAAUUAUUGUUAGAAGAAUUAACUGGUUUAGCUGAUCAAUUUGUUUCAGAUGGUCAGCCUGACAUUUAUCAAGAAACAUUCGAACGUUUGAAAAUGAAAUUUGAUCGAUCAACAAUAAAUAAUGUUACAACCACAUCGAGUAAUAAUCCAUCGUUUGAUAUGUAUGGUGAUGGUGAUCCGACAUCAUUGGCAGCAUCUUCAACGGAUAGUUCGUCAGCAAAUAAUGAUAAUGCCGCAACGGUGAUGUGGGAGUAUAAAUUUGAAAAUACAUCUCAUGCCAAAAUACAUGGACCAUUUUCCAGUGAACAAAUGGUAAGACAGACUAAUAUGGGAAAAUUUGAUGAACAUAAAAAUUCCGUAUGGUGUCGACGAGUCGGAACAGAACAAUUUUACGGUUUACAACGAAUCGAUUUUGAUUUAUAUAUUGACUAA